GAGCGGCAGGGCAAGGGUUGCGGAUGGGUGCUCGCCGGCCCGCCUCAGCCCCCCACCGGCGGCGCUCCUGCGGGAGGGCUCUGCGUCGCAGUCGCCGCGCAGCCGUCCAGUUCGGGACACUUGCUGCCCCUUGGAGUGUGAGAGGGACGCGCUCUGGAGCGUUACUUUCGGGGUUGGGUCCCCGGCGGCGGUGGGUGAGGCCGGCCGGGUCAGGGCUCGGCGUGCGGGGCGGUGGCUCUCCCGAGGAGCCGGCGGUGGCCGAGGCAGCGGCGUCCCCUCUCUGCUACCCGGGCCGGGCGGGGCGCGCCCGGCGAGGCCCAGCGGCCCCGGGAGCCUAGGCUGGCCCUGCCUCUGGCCUCUCGGGGCUUUCGCCACAUGUGCACUUCUAGAACGGGCUGAGGUCCGGGUUCCUGUUUUCGCUUUCCUGUUUUUCUACUUUUCCUCCAAUCAACUUUUGGAAGUUUGAGUAUUUUUUUCUGUAUGUUCUUAUAGCGUAGAAGACAGCGAAAAAGCACUCUUUAAGCGGAAAAAAUAAACAAGCGAGUGUCCAUUUAUCUCCUUCCUUGCCUUUUAUUUCCAAGUAGCGUUUUUUGGGGAUGACCUAUGGCUUCUGUUGCACCUCGCAAGAUUUCAAUAAUUAAGCAACUUUUACUUAAUAAAAUCGAGUUGUUUCGUUUUUAACUUGGAAGUCCAACCCAGAAAACCCUAACAAGUUCAGUUCUGCGCACCAAAGGUGGAGGCCAUAUAAUUAUUUUAGUGAAACUCUACUUAAGAUUAAUAUAGAUUGGUAAUAUUUCUUAUCGGUACUGCUGUUAAUUUGUUUAAGUAAUAGAAGAAAUUCUCCCGCUUGUGAAUUUGUUUAUUCAUGCAGUUUUCCCAAAAGGUGAAUGUAAUUUUUAAAAAUUACGUGAACUUUGCUUAACUUUACAAAGAAAAAUGUGUACAGACUUAUAUGUAAUUAGGUUUUAGUGGCAUCUCAAAGAAGCAUGAGCUUAAUUGAUCAUGGUUUGCAGUUUUUCAUAGAACAUUCCUUAAGUUAGUAGCUCUUACGCUGCAUUAAAAAAACAACAAUCUUGGUGGUAAUGACACAGUCCUUUUUUGUGGAGAGGAUUCUGUAUUUACUGUUAAAGUGAACUGCCUUGUCAUGUAUGAGGUUUUAUGGACAGAGUCCCUUACUCUAGGAUCUUCAAAAAAUUGUAAUGAAAAUAUAUUGCUAGGUUUGAAAAUGGCUCACCUGAGGGUGGAAUGAUCAGAUUCAGUCAACAGACAUUUUCUGCAUCCCAGGAACUGUACCAGGUGUUAGGGCUGCAAAGAUAACGCAGAGAAUAUAGACAUGAGCAUGUAAGUAUGGUUUUGGAAUUUUACUCUCGAGGAAUCUCCACGGGUUUCUUCAAAUCUUUUUAUCAUAACUUGUACUAAUUUGACAACUAUUCAUUAUUUUAUCAGCAGGGAACUUUAAUGUUAUUGCAGGUUGCUGUGUGAAUUCCCAAACAGAUUAAAUGCCAGCAUGCUUUUCUGGUGUUGUCAUGAAGACCUCAUUUGCUGGUUAAAUGCAGAAAUUCAUGCUGAAGUCCAACUUAAGAAUUAUGGGAAAUUUCUUGAGGAGUAUACAUCUCAACUGAGAAGAAUUGAGGAUGCACUAGAUGAUUCAAUUGGUGAUGUUUGGGAUUUCAAUCUUGAUCCAAUAGCAUUAAAGCUUUUGCCUUAUGAACAGUCUUCCCUUUUGGAACUCAUAAAGACUGAAAACAAGGUCUUGAACAAAGUCAUUACUGUAUAUGCUGCACUUUGUUGUGAAAUCAAGAAAUUAAAGUAUGAGGCUGAAACUAAAUUUUAUAAUGGUCUCUUGUUUUAUGGAGAAGGAGCUACAGAUUCUAGCAUGGUGGAAGGUGAUUGCCAAAUUCAAAUGGGAAGAUUCAUUUCAUUCUUACAGGAACUAUCUUGUUUUGUUACGAGGUGCUAUGAAGUGGUGAUGAAUGUAGUCCAUCAAUUGGCUGCCCUCUAUAUCAGUAACAAGAUUGCACCCAAAAUUAUAGAGACAACUGGAGUUCAUUUUCAGACUAUGUAUGAGCACUUGGGAGAGCUGCUAACCGUUUUGCUUACCUUGGAUGAAAUCAUUGAUAAUCAUGUCACAUUGAAAGAGCACUGGACUAUGUACAAAAGGUUACUGAAAUCUGUCCAUCACAAUCCUUCAAAAUUUGGAAUUCAGGAAGAAAAACUAAAGCCAUUUGAAAAGUUUUUGCUGAAGCUGGAAGGGCAGUUACUUGAUGGAAUGAUAUUUCAGGCCUGUAUAGAACAGCAGUUUGAUUCUCUCAAUGGAGGAAUAUCUGUGUCAAAAAAUAGCACUUUUGCUGAAGAAUUUGCACAUAGUAUUCGCUCAAUUUUUGCAAAUGUAGAAGCCAAACUUGGAGAACCUUCUGAAAUUGAUCAGAGAGACAAGUAUGUUGGAAUUUGUGGACUUUUUGUACUGCAUUUUCAGAUAUUUCGGACUAUUGAUAAAAAGUUUUAUAAAUCUUUAUUGGACAUUUGUAAGAAGGUACCAGCCAUCACUCUAACUGCUAAUAUUAUUUGGUUUCCUGAUAAUUUUUUGAUCCAGAAAAUACCAGCAGCUGCCAAACUUCUAGACAGAAAAAGUCUUCAAGCCAUUAAAAUACACAGAGAUACUUUCCUACAGCAGAAAGCUCAAUCACUUACCAAAGAUGUGCAGUCUUACUACGUCUUUGUGAGCUCAUGGAUGAUGAAAAUGGAAUCUAUUUUAUCUAAAGAGCAGAGAAUGGAUAAAUUUGCUGAAGACCUCACCAAUAGAUGUAAUGUUUUUAUACAGGGCUUCUUAUAUGCAUACAGUAUUAGUACCAUUAUUAAAACCACAAUGAAUCUUUACAUGUCGAUGCAGAAGCCAAUGACCAAAACCUCAGUUAAGGCAUUAUGCAGGCUUGUAGAACUUCUCAAGGCGAUAGAGCAUAUGUUCUACAGAAGAAGCAUGGUUGUGGCUGAUUCGGUUUCACAUAUAACACAGCACCUUCAACAUCAGGCUCUUAAUUCUAUUUCUGUAGCCAAGAAAAGAGUAAUUUCUGACAAAAAAUAUAGUGAACAGCGUCUUGAUGUGCUUUCUGCUCUGGUUUUGGCUGAGAACACUCUAAAUGGACCAAGCACAAAGCAACGAAGACUUAUCGUAUCUUUGGCACUAAGUGUUGGCACACAAAUGAAAACAUUUAAAGAUGAAGAACUCUUUCCGUUGCAAGUAGUCAUGAAAAAGCUGGAUCUUAUCAGUGAGCUUAGAGAGAGAGUCCAAACACAAUGUGACUGCUGUUUUUUGUACUGGCAUCGAGCUGUCUUUCCAAUUUAUUUAGAUGAUGUAUAUGAAAAUGCUGUUGACGCAGCCAGAUUACACUACAUGUUCAGUGCUUUACGUGACUGUGUCCCUGCUAUGAUGCAUGCCAGGCAUUUAGAGUCCCAUGAAGUCCUCCUGGAUUGCUAUGACAGAGAGAUCACGGAGAUCUUAAAUGAGCAUUUAUUGGACAAGUUAUGCAAGGAAAUAGAGAAGGAUCUGCGGCUUUCCGUGCACACUCAUUUGAAACUGGAUGACCGAAACCCUUUCAAAGUUGGCAUGAAAGACCUGGCCCUUUUUUUCUCUUUGAAUCCAAUUCGAUUUUUCAAUCGUUUCAUUGACAUUCGAGCUUAUGUAACUCACUACCUAGACAAGACCUUCUACAAUCUAACAACAGUAGCUCUUCAUGACUGGGCCACUUACAGUGAAAUGAGAAAUUUAGCUACCCAGCGUUAUGGAUUGGUUAUGACAGAGGCUCAUCUUCCUAGUCAGACUCUGGAACAGGGCUUGGAUGUUUUGGAAAUUAUGAGAAAUAUUCAUAUAUUUGUGUCUCGAUACCUCUAUAAUCUCAACAAUCAGAUUUUUAUUGAACGGACAAGCAAUAACAAACAUUUGAACACUAUUAAUAUUCGGCAUAUUGCUAAUUCAAUUCGAACACAUGGCACAGGAAUCAUGAAUACGACAGUUAAUUUCACCUACCAAUUUUUGAAAAAGAAGUUUUAUAUAUUCAGCCAGUUUAUGUAUGACGAACAUAUCAAAUCCAGAUUGAUAAAAGAUAUUCGGUUUUUCAGGGAAGUCAAGGACCAGAAUGAUCAUAAGUAUCCUUUUGAAAGAGCAGAAAAAUUUAAUCGGGGCAUCAGAAAACUUGGAAUUACCCCAGAGGGACAAAGCUACCUUGAUCAGUUCAGGCAACUCAUCAGCCAGAUUGGUAAUGCUAUGGGCUAUAUACGAAUGAUAAGAUCUGGUGGCCUUCAUUGCAGCAGCAAUGCCAUUAGAUUUGUGCCUGAUCUUGAAGAUAUUGUAAAUUUUGAAGAACUAGUAAAAGAAGAAGGUCUUGCAGAAGAAACAUUAAAAGCAGCAAGGCAUUUGGAUUCAGUUCUCAGUGAUCACACACGAAAUUCUGCCGAAGGCACAGAAUAUUUCAAAAUGCUUGUAGAUGUUUUUGCUCCAGAAUUUCGAAGGCCAAAGAAUAUACAUCUUCGAAAUUUCUAUAUCAUUGUUCCCCCUCUGACCCUCAACUUUGUAGAGCAUUCCAUUAGCUGCAAGGAGAAAUUGAAUAAAAAAAAUAAAAUUGGAGCUGCUUUUACUGAUGAUGGCUUUGCUAUGGGUGUGGCUUACAUUUUGAAGCUUUUGGAUCAGUACCAGGAAUUGGACUCACUUCAUUGGUUCCAGUCUGUUAGAGAGAAGUACGUGAAGGAGCUAAGAGCGGUUGCGAAGCAGCAGAAUGUGCAGUCAGCUAGUCAGGAUGAAAAACUGCUACAAACCAUGAAUCUUACUCAGAAGCGACUGGACGUCUACCUACAGGAAUUUGAAUUGCUCUAUUUCUCACUGAGCAGUGCAAGAAUUUUCUUCAGAGCAGACAAGACUGCAGCGGAAGAAAACCAAGAAAAGAAAGAAAAAGAAGAGACAAAAACAAGCAAUGGAGACCUGUCCGACAGCACUGUGUCUGCAGAUCCUGUUGUCAAAUGAUACUGAUGGUACGCGUUGUCCCUGUGAAGUCAUCAGAAUUUUGUCCGUACUGUUGCCAGUGAGAUGGACACUAGCAAGCUAAUGGUGAAGUGUUUCCUGGGCCACAUCUCUGGUAAUAGGUAGAUGUCACAGCUCUUUAAGGCAGUGCUGUUAAGUCUGUUCUUCUCCCGAAGGCUCGAUCUUCUUUUUAAAGGUUGAGAAUGAGAUUUUUAAUUGGACUUUUGCCUUGACUGUAGGCUGGCAGAUAUGCGUGUGGAGAGUUACUUGAAGUGAAGUUGUAGAAGGGCCAAACCAAAUUCCUAAGCUGCCGCCUCAGAUCUCUUGAAAUCUAUAUGAGAGUUUAAAAUUUGUACUUGCGUAGAUCUUUGAUCCAUAUUUGUUUCAGUCAUUGGAAAUUCAGUGCAUAUACUCUGUACAGCCAGCAAAUACGCGUUUAAACAAAGUUAAUUAAGUCUGAAAUUUACGAAGCAAACAUAUCAACAUUAUUAUUAUAACAGGAAGAUAUACAAAUGGCUUUGAUAGAGGUAACGCACAAGUGUGCUGUGUACUUUUCAUGUGCAGUAUAAAACUGGUUCAUUGUUAAUUCCACGUGACUCACAAGAGCUGUUCAUGUCUUUGAUAAGACAUUUUAUAACUAGUUUACAUUGCUUUGAGAACAUGUAACCUCCAACAACUGCUUUAAAUUUAAGAUUUACUUAAUACUCAAGAUGAAAGAAAUUUCAGAGAAAGCCAUAGAGUCCUGCUUGAAACUUCACUUUUGGUUGAAGUCACUAGGUGUGAUGACAGAGAAAAUUGUAUGGAUUUUUAUUUCUACAUCCAAACUCAGGUUUCUUCUACAUGAGGUUCAACUAAAGUCUUGGUGAUGGUUUGGACAGACUUUUCUUUAAAUCAAGUAUAAUCUAAGACAUCAGAUUAAGCACUGUGCAGGCUUUUAAAAAAUUACCACUGUGAGAAUAAAGUUCUAAUAAAUCAUUUACUGAUUUGAAAAGUACAGUAAGAUUUUGGGUAAAAUUAGUUUCUGGCAGGCUACGAGCUUUAUUUUUGUAAAGAUUAUAUCAGUUUAUAAUUAAAUGGUUAAUCAUGGCCUAUAUAAUCUAAUCUAAUACAGUGAUACUUUUACAAUGAAAACCAAGUUUAAAACUGUACACAUAAUACUAACAUCAUUUGGGAAACACUUGAUUUUUCCAUUGCACUUGCCUAUUAAGCAUUUCUUUGGGCAUAUCCUGCAAGUAAUUCUAAUGUUUAAUUUCCAGCUUUGGGAAGAGGUGUGCAGUGCCCUAUUUGUAUGCAUUGUUACUGGCAGGGUGACUUUCUCAGCCCAAGAUAAACACUUCCACUGUUCAGAGUCAGAAGAAACAGAAUAGGUAGGAAAUCUUUUUUGUUUAUUAUGUAAACAUGACUUUCAGAAUUAUGUACAAUGGGUGGAUUAAAGGCAUUUAAUAUCUGUAAUUCAUACUAACUGUAGAAAUGGCCCUAAAGCAUGCUGCAUAAUUAGUAAUUUAUAUUUUCAUUAUUGUAAAUGUUUAUUAUAUUAAUGAUCUUGCUUUUGAUUGUAACAAAUUCAUCACCAUUUCAUAGCAACAAUAUUAUUCUGUUUUUUUUUCUGACUUCCCUAAAACAAUUUCCCUUAAUAAUGAUAGAAAUUGUAAUUGGAAGAGAAUCCCCCACAUAUAUCCGUUAUUAUCGAUUUUAUGAAUACUAUUUAGAGUUCAUAUGCUGACUCCAUGGAUACCUACAGUUGAGAAGAAAGCGAUAGAUUUUUAUUUUGCCAUUAGCGCAAAAUAAUGUCACUGUAGUCUGGAUAAAUUACACAUAUUUGAAAUAAAACCUCUGAAAAGAUUAAGCAUAUUGAAAUGCUGUUAAAGUGCAGAGCAGUAGGGCUUCAGUGUUUCAUACCUAAGUCAAUACACACAUUUGGAUGAUGGUUUUCUUUGCUUAAUAUAUUAAUGUUAAAUAUUACUUUCAGACAUACUGUAAUUUAAAAUUAGUGUGAGCAUUUGUUGUAAAUUCACAAGAAACUCAAUAAUGUUCAAAUUCUCAGGAACUAAGGACUAACCAUAGCUUUGUCAGUUCCAAUUAAGUUUUGUAAAAGAUGGCAAGUUUGUUACCUCACUUGAGUGGGGCUUCCCCUUCCCCUAAUUCUAAGAGAAUAUAAUAUGUAUAAUAAAACAUUAAUAAAUAUAAUUUCAAAAGUUUA